AUGUCGACAAUACUUGGCAAGAAAAGUGAGAAAGAUUUGCAUCGGGCCAGUCAUGAAGAGAACGAACAACCGCCGCCGCCCUAUUCAAACCACGGUGACCAAGACCAAGAGGCCUCCAAGUUCCCACCUCAGCCAUAUCAUGGGCAAGCUCCGUGUCACACAUUCCAACUUCAAGCCACCAACUGGUUGUGUAACAACUUUCACAUCAGCGAUAUCAACAACCAAGACACACCUCUCUAUACGGUGAAAACUAAGCUCAGGAAACCACACAUGAUCCUAAGGGCAACAUCUUCGCCAGAUACCGAGCUGGCCACAGUUGAAUUCCAUACGUUACGGCCCAAGGUAGACGUCUUCAUUCACGGAGAAAAACUCACGAUUUCUAUGAAGAAGUUUUCUUAUACUGCAACAUACGAAUCGGCUGCACUACAACAAACAUUGACGUGGAAGAGCAAUAGUCACUGGAAGACAUUUGAUUUGGAUUGCGUCGAUGAAAAUACCAUGCCCCUUGUGAAGAUAUCAUCCGCAUACUAUAGUUGCAAACGAGGGUCUCAAAUCCAGUUCUUUGGCCACGCGGUUGAAAACAAUUCAGCUGUCAGAAAUGAGCUUAUCGCGACGGGGUUAGCAAUGGCCCAGUACAUCAAUCUCAUGGCCAGUACUACUGUUGCAGCGACCUCUACAUAA